CGCACCUCAGGACCACACCUGCGCCGAGCUUCCGCAAAGUUAGCAGGAGAAGAAGCGCGUGCACGGCGGACCAGUGACGUAGAUAAUCCCGUAUCGAUCCUCCACCGGACUCUGGUAUUUCCGUCUCAAUCACUCCCACAGUGUGACGUCGUUGCUUCAGAUCGUCACUACCGACAGAUGGACACGUCCCUGCUGACAGAUGAUCAGCCUGAAAAUGUUCAGCUGCUGAUACAAAGUACCAAGAUGGAGGACAGUGGCGUGACAAAGAGGACCCAGGUUAAAGAAUGGGAGGAGACGCUGAAGCUGGAACCCAGCACUCUGCAUUUGGCUGGACACAAACAAACAGGUGGACAGACAGGUAAAGGCAAGAGGUUGAGUAUGAACUCAGAUCUGUCUCAUGAGGCAUCCAGUUGGACAGAAAGUGAGCGAGAGUUGAAGGCAGAGGGAGAAAGGAGAGGGGGAAUGGAAAUAGAUGAAGGGGUGGGGCUAGCCGGUCAGGAGGUGGGACUGAAAACAUACCUGAAGAAAGAGGUUGAAGAUGAAGAAAAGGAGGCGGAAACUGAAGUAAACCACCUGCCAGAAAAAGCAUCUCAAGUGUUCAGGCCUGCAGUUACCGUGCUCCCCUCCCCCUGCACACCUAGGAAUGCUGAAGCAUUCUGGGAAAUGGAGUCAGAGAAGAGUCCCUUCCUGAGUUCCCAAGAAAUGGACUACAACCAACAUGGCUACCAGUUUGAAUGGAAGGACACGCCCACUGCCACAUGUGGGCAGUGUUGUCCAGGCAGGGUUGCACUGAAGAUGGGUGUGUCCUUGAUGACAUCAGCGCUCCUCUUCCCCUUCCUGGUGUGGGGGGGCUUUGUUUUCUUGCCAUUUGAUGCUCCCCUACUGGACGGUGCCCCCCUCAGGCUGGUCUACACUCUGCGGUGCUCUGUGUUUGCUGCUGUUCCCAUCGUCCUUGGUUGGCUGGUUCUGGCCGUCAGUCGGCUCAGGUCAGGUGUGACUCGUCCACUGUCUGAUGACAACAUGAAGGAAGAGGAACUUCAGGAGGUUUCUGUCCACCAGCGCUUCAUCUCUGACUCUGCCUCCUUGUUCCUGAUCUACUUCCUGCAACUGGUCGUCAUGGCGAUGUACCUGAGCCAGGAGCAGCUAAAGCUCAUCCCGCUGAUGACCAUUCUCUUCGCCUUCGGACGGCUGGUGUACUGGGUGGCGGCAGCGUUCGGUAGCAGCAUUCGAAGUUUUGGUUUCGGCCUCUCCUUCUUGCCAAGCGUUGCCAUGAUGGUGGCCAACUUCUACUUUAUCUUCACAGUGGAGGCAGCGGGCUCCAUCUUCAGACUCCCGCCUCCUUCCGAGGAGGUGCCCCCUCCACCUGCUGGCAGACAGCGCUUCUGGGGAUGAGACUUGAUCAGUAAUCAUUGCUGUUUAAAGUUCAGAUGGUUGUGAUUUUAUUUUUAACAAAACUUUGAUCUUUUGUAAUGAAACUUUUUUUCUAUUCAUUUUGUUUCUUUUGGUCCAUGUUUCAACAAAUAGCUUCUGUGGGUCGAUAAUCAAUGUUUUAUAUUUACAAAAUAUUUCAGAAUAAACUAUGAAAUAUACCUGA